AUGCUGACACAAUUAUUAAGCCGUCACAUAAAGCGACGUAAUCUUUCUAACAGAGCCAAUAUCAUAUAUCGUCAUUACUCAAUAGGCUCUACAACUGAUGGACGAAUUAUUUCUCAAGAAAUAAAGGAUUUGCCCUUGGGAAAAUAUCAUCAUGCAGCCGAUUCUACACUGGAAAACAUGACAGAGGAUCUGGAAAGAUUCUUUGAAAAUAAUUCAUUGGAUACUUGUGAUGUGGAAUAUACUUCAGGGAUUUUGAGUUUGCAGAUCCCCAAGUUGGGAGACUACGUGAUCAAUAAACAACCUCCUAAUAAGCAAAUCUGGCUUAGCUCUCCUUUAUCUGGACCAAAGCGUUUUGACUACUAUCGUGGACUUUGGAUUGAUUCUAGGACUAUUGAUUCAGCUGGGCAAAUUACUAAUGUUUUAGAAAAUACUCUACAUGAUUUAUUAGCAAAGGAGGUUUCUAAAGGCACCGGAUUGCCAUUUCAGUUUAAUAAGUGA